AGUGCCUGAAACCGGAAGUUCGCGCGAGGCGUGCUCUACAGUUCCGGCUGAGAGCUGGACUUCUUGGUACCCAUGUGGGAGCUGCUGUGAAGAUUCAUUGGUUUCUGAGUCCUGCCCAAAGUCGAGCUCUGAAGUCUGCCAACGUGAAAGAUGACGUCCUUAGCCCAGCAGCUCCAACGGCUUGCCCUCCCUCAGAGUGACGCCAGUCUUUUAUCUAGAGAUGAAGUUGCCUCUUUGUUGUUUGACCCCAAGGAAGCGGGCACCAUCGACAGAGACACCCUCUUUGCCAUUGGAUGCACUGGACUGGAAGAGCUGCUUGGAAUUGAUCCUUGCUUUGAGCGAUUUGAAGCACCGUUGUUCAGCCAGCUAGCAAAAACCUUGGAGCGCAGCGUUCAGACCAAAGCGGUGAACAAACAGCUGGAUGAAAACAUUUCAUUGUUUCUUAUUCACUUGUCCCCUUACUUCCUGCUGAAGCCGGCACAGAAGUGUCUGGAGUGGUUGAUCCACAGGUUCCAUAUCCAUCUUUAUAAUCAAGAUAGCCUCAUUGCUUGUGUUCUGCCAUACCACGAGACAAGAAUAUUUGUGCGGGUUAUACAGCUUCUAAAAAUUAAUAAUUCAAAGCACAAAUGGUUCUGGUUAUUACCAAUUAAGCGGUCUGGAGUGCCCUUAGCUAAAGGAACUUUGGUUACCCACUGCUACAAAGAUCUUGGAUUCAUGGAUUUCAUUUGUAGUCUGGUGACAAAAUCUGUGAAGGCCUUUGCUGAGUAUCCUGGGAGUUCCACUCAGUUGAGGGUGCUCUUAAGUUUCUAUGCCUCUACCAUUGUGUCUGCUCUCGUGGCUGCCGAGGACUUAUCCGACAAUAUAGUUGCCAAGCUGUUUCCAUAUAUUCAAAAGGGAUUGAAAUCAUCUUUACCAGAUUACAGAGCUGCAACGUACAUGAUAAUAUGUCAGAUUUCCGUGAAAGUGACCAUGGAAGAUACCUUCGUUAACUCCUUGGCUUCACAGAUUAUCAGAACACUGACCAGAAUUCCCUCUCUGAUCAAGGAUGGAUUGAGUUGCUUGAUAGUUCUCCUUCAGAGACAGAAGCCAGAGAGCCUGGGGAAAAAGCCAUUUCCUCACUUGUGUAAUGUUCCUGAUCUUAUUACACUACUUCAUGGGAUUUCUGAAACAUACGACAUUAGUCCUCUUCUGCGUUACAUGCUUCCCCAUCUGGUCGUCUCCAUGAUUAAUCAGGUUACAGGAGAAGAAACGGAAGAGAUGGAUGGUCAAAUCUAUAGGAGACUCUUAGAAGCCAUACUUACAAAUAUAUCCCUGAAGAACAACUUAGACCAUUUGUUGGCUGGCCUUCUUUUUGAAGAGUAUAUUUCAUAUAGUUCCCAGGACAAAAUGGAUUCUGAUAAAGUAUCUUUGCUUAAUGAACAGUUUCUUCCACUUAUCAGACUUUUAGAAAGCAGAUACCCCAAAACAUUAGAUGCUGUAUUAGAGGAGCGUCUGAAGGAGAUUACAGACCUGAAGAAGCAGGAGCUUUUUCACCAGUUUAUCUCUCUUUCUACAAGUGGAGGGAAGUACCAGUUUUUAGCAGAUUCUGAUACCUCCUUGUUGCUCAGUCUGAAUCAUCCGCUUGCUCCUGUGAGACUUCUGGCCGUUAAUCAUCUGAAAAAUGUCAUGACAACACCAGAGGAGAGUAUCGAUGAGUCUUUCAUAAAAGAGGCUAUUUUAACCCGAUUAGAUGAUGACUGUAUGGAUGUUGUUUUGUCGGCUAUAAGUGCUUUUGAGAUUUACAAACAACACUUUACUUCAGAAGUGACAGUUUCACAUCUCCUGAAUCUCUUUCGAAGAGCAGAACUUUCAAAAAAUGGUGGAUGGUACAAAGUGCUUGAGAUAGCAGCAGACAUACUGAUUAAAGAGGAAAUACUGGGUGAAAAUGAUCAGUUGUCAAAUCAGGUGGUGGUGCACCUGUUGCCAUUUAUGGUCAUCAACAGUGACGAUAUGGAAUCUGCUGAGAUGAAAAUGGCUGUUUAUUUAUCAAAAUCAGGAAUUUGCUCUUUGCAUCCUUUAUUAAGAGGCUGGAAAGAAGCUCUUGAAAAUGUGAUUAAAAGCACAAAGUCAGAAGAACUAAUUGGUGUAGCAAAUCAGAAGAUGAUUGAGUUGCUGGCUGACAAUAUAAAUUCAGGGAAUCCCUCUUCAAUGUUAAAGAUGGUGGAGGAUUUAAUAGGAGUUGGAGAGAAGGAGUCCUUUAGCUUGAAGCAGAAAGUGACUUUUCACGUAGUCAUGGCUGUGCUUGUCUCCUGCUGUUCGUCUUUGAAAGAAACUCACUUUCCAUUUGCAACAAGAGUCUUCAGUUUGUUGCAGAAAAAAAUAAAGAAGCUUGAAAGUGUCAUUACUACAGUGGAAAUCUCCUCAGAAUGGCAUUUUGAGCUGAUGAUGGACAGAGGGAUACCGUUGGAGCUGUGGGCACAUUACGUAAAACAGCUCAAAACUGCCCAGCAGAUUGCCGUGGAGGACUCAGUUUUACUCUUGUUUUCACUGAAAAAUUUUAUUCAUACUCUAAAGGCUCCUAAAUCUUUUCCUAAAGAUGAUACGUGGUGGAAUCCUGAGCAGCUGCAAGAAGACAGCAGGGACUACCUGCGUCUGCUCAUUGGGCUCUUUGAGAUGGUUCUCGGUGGUGCCGAUGCCAUGCAUUUUCGGGUUCUGAUGAAACUUUUCAUAAAGGUACAUUUAGAAGAUGUUUUUCAGUUAUUCAAGUUCUUUUCUGUUUUGUGGACCUAUGGUUCUAGCCUUUCAAACCCACUCAACUGCAGAGUGACAGCAGCAUUGCAGACGCAGGCUCUCUAUGUGGGCUGCGCCCUGCUCUCUCCUCAGAAGGCGCAGUGGAAGCAUCAGCUGGCGUCUGCGUCUUCUCCAGUGGUGAUAUCUCUACUCAUUAAUCUGGGUAGCCCCAUAAAAGAGGUGCGCAGGGCUGCCAUUCACUGUUUCCAGGCCCUCAGUGGAGUGGCAUCCCAGUUUCAUCUGGUCAUAGAUCACGUGGUUCCUAAAGCAGAGGAGAUCACCUCAGACGCCUCCUACGUUGUUCAGGAUUUGACAACUUUAUUUGAGGAACUGCAGAGUGAAAAGAAGUUGAAAUCUCAUCAGAAGUUAUCUGAAACUUUGAAAAACCUCCUUUAUUGUGUAUAUAGUUGCCCAUCUUAUAUUGCAAAAGAUUUGAUGAAAGUACUUCAGGGCAUCAAUAAUGAGAUGGUGCUUUCUCAGCUGUUACCAAUGAUUGAACAACUUUUAGACAAGAGCCAGAAGGAGCCCACAGCUGUCCUGAAAGAUGAGGCCAUCACCCUGCAUCUCACUCUGGGGAAAUAUAAUGAAUAUUCAGCUUCCCUGUUACAUAAAGACCCAAAGAGUCUAGAGAUAUUUAUAAAAGCGGUGCACACAACAAAGGAACUUAGCACGGGAAUGCCAACCAUUCAGAUUACAGCUCUCGAAAAGAUUACGAGGCCAUUUUUCGCAGCUAUAACAGAUGAAAAGGUUCAGCAGAAGCUUUUGUGCGUGUUGUUUGAUUUAUUGGUGAACUGUAAGAAUUCACAUUGUUCUCAGACUGUUAGCAGUGUUUUCAAAGGGAUUUCUGUUAAUGCUGAACAAGUCAGAAUAGAACUGGAGCCACCGGAUAAAGCCAAGUCCUUAGGCUCAGUUCAGCAGACGAGGAGGCAAAAGAUGCAGCACAAAAAAUCACAAGAGCAAGAAUCUGUCCAGGAGGUUGGAGGUUCUUACUGGCAAAGGGUAACCCUUAUCCUGGAAUUACUGCAGCACAAAAAGAAACUCAAAAAUCCUCAGAUAUUGAUACCAGCCCUUUUUAACCUGCUGUCAAGGUGUUUAGAGCCUUUGCCACCGGAGCAGGGAAGCAUGGAAUACACCAAACAGUUAAUUCUUAGUUGUCUGCUUAACAUCUGCCAGAAACUCUCUCCAGAAGGUGGCAGAAUACCCAAAGACAUUCUGGAUGAGGAGAAGUUCAAUGUGGAACUGAUAGUCCAGUGCAUCCGUGUUUCUGAGAUGCCUCAGACCCAUCACCAUGCCCUUUUGCUCUUGGGUACUGUUGCUGGAAUAUUUCCUGAUAAAGUUCUACACAAUAUCAUGUCUAUUUUUACAUUUAUGGGAGCCAAUGUGAUGCGUCUAGAUGAUACUUACAGUUUUCAGGUUAUCAACAAGACAGUGAAGAUGGUUAUUCCAGCACUUAUUCAGUCUGAUGGUGGCGACUCCGCCGAAGUCACGAGGAACGUGGAGGACAUCGUGGUCAAGAUCAUUAACGUGUUUGUGGACGCACUGCCCCACGUGCCCGAGCACAGGCGCCUGCCUGUCCUUGUCCAGCUUGUUGACACGCUGGGCGCAGAGAGGUUCCUCUGGGUUCUCCUGGUCCUGCUCUUUGAACAGUACGUCACUAAAACCGUGCUGGUGGCUGCCUGCGGAGAAAAGGAUGCUGUUUUAGAGGCAGACACUGAAUUUUGGAUUUCUGUCUGUUGUGAGUUUAGUGUCCAGCAUCAGAUCCAAAGCUUGAUGACGAUCCUUGAGUACUUACUGAAGCUGCCAGAGGAAAAAGAAGAAACCAUUCCCCAAUCAGUAUCUAACAAGAGCGAAUCACAAGAAGAAGUGCUGCAGGUCUUUAACAUAGACGCUCACACUAGCAAGCAGCUGCGGCAUUUUAAAUUUCUGUCUGUGUCCUUCAUGUCUCAGCUCCUGGCUUCCAACAAUUUUAUCAGAAAGGUAGUUGAAAGUGGCGGCCCUCAGGUGUUGACAGGCCUGGAACAGAGGUUGCUAGAAACAGUUCUUGGCUACAUCAAUGCUGUAGCACAGUCCAUGGAGAGAAAUGCAGACAAGCUAACUGGGAAGUUCUGGCGAGCGCUCCUCAGUAAAGCUUAUGACUUGCUGGACAAGGUCAAUGCCUUGCUGCCCACAGAAACCUUCAUCCCUGUGAUCAGAGGACUGCUGGAGAACCCACUGCCAUCUGUUCGCCGGAAAGCUUUGGAUCUUUUGAACAACAAGCUACAGCAGAAAACCUCCUGGAAGAAGAAAAUUAUUUACCAUUUCCUCGACCUGAUCCCCGUCCUCGUGGCCAUGGUGAAGCAUAAAAGAAAGACGUUAGAAGACCAACCAAUAAACAGACAGACGGCUCUGUAUACCUUAAAGCUGUUAUGCAAGCAUUUCGGUUCAGAAAAUCCAGAGCCCUUUGUCCCGGUGCUGAACACCACUGUGAGGUUGAUUGCCCUGGGAGCAAAGGAGGAGAAGAACGUCCUGGGCAGCGCCCUGCUGUGCGUGGCCGAGGUGGUCUCGACCCUGGAGGCCCUGGCCAUCCCUCAGCUCCCCAGCCUGAUGCCGCCACUGCUGACAACCAUGAGAAACACCCGCGAGCUGGUCUCGGGGGAGGUCUACCUGCUCAGCGCCCUGGCGGCCCUGCAGAAGGUGGUCGAGACCCUGCCGCACUUCAUCAGCCCCUACCUGGAGGGGGUCCUGUCGCAGGUGAUUCACUUGGAGAAAAUCACUAGUGAAAUGAGUCCUGCCUCCCAGGCUAAUGUCCGUCUCACGUCCCUUAAAAAGACACUGGCUACCACGCUGUCACCCCGGGUGUUACUGCCAGCCAUCAACAAGACGUACAAGCAGAUUGAGAAGAACUGGAAGAAUCUCAUGGGCCCGUUUAUGAGCAUCUUGCGCGAGCACAUUGGGGUGAUGAGGAAGGAGGAGCUCGCCUCCCACCAGCCCCAGCUCACCACAUUCUUUCUGGAGGCCCUGGACUUCCGCACCCAGCACUCUGAGAAUGAUCUCGAGGAAAUCGGAAAAACGGAAAAUUACAUCAUUGACUGUCUUGUAGCCAUGGUGGUCAAACUUUCUGAGGUCACAUUCAGACCCCUGUUCUUCAAGCUGUUUGAUUGGGCUAAGACAGAGGAUGCUCCCAAGGACAGACUGUUGACCUUUUACAACUUGGCAGAUUGCAUUGCUGAAAAACUGAAAGGGCUUUUUACCCUGUUUGCUGGUCACUUGGUGAAGCCUUUUGCUGACACCUUGAACCAGGUGAACAUCUCCAAAACAGAUGAAGCGUUUUUUGACUCUGAAAAUGAUCCUGAAAAGUGCUGUUUGCUACUGCAGUUUAUUCUGAACUGUUUAUACAAAAUCUUCCUUUUUGACACCCAGCAUUUUCUAAGUAAAGAGAGAGCGGAAGCCUUGAUGAUGCCCCUGGUGGAUCAGCUGGAAAACAGGCUUGGAGGAGAAGAGAAGUUCCAAGAACGGGUGACGAAGCACCUGAUCCCAUGCCUUGCACAGUUCUCAGUGGCCAUGGCAGACGACUCGCUCUGGAAACCACUCAACUACCAGAUUCUGCUGAAGACGAGGGACUCCUCACCCAAGGUUCGAUUUGCUGCUCUGAUAACUGUGUUAGCACUGGCUGAAAAACUGAGAGAGAAUUAUAUCGUCUUGUUACCGGAAUCCAUUCCGUUCUUAGCUGAAUUGAUGGAAGAUGAAUGUGAAGAGGUGGAGCACCAGUGCCAGAAGACCAUCCAGCAGCUGGAAACCAUCCUGGGAGAGCCUCUCCAGAGCUACUUCUGAAACUCUGGGUUUGGGUAUUUCAUACUCUGUUCAGAGGUCAGACUGCUUUUUCAUAUCUUUAUUCUGGGUGUUCAGGACCAUAUUACUUUUGGUGCCUUAACCCUACUUGGACUUCUUUACAAAAUUCCCACCUGAUUUGUGCGACCACAGAAGCCUUUCCUGCCAGUUGUACAGAACCUACAAAGAGUGAAUGAUACGUGGUAUUUUUAUACAGACUGCUGUGUUUGUUUCAGCGUUGAUUAUGUGUGUAGUGUGUGCUCAGUUGCUCAGUCUUUGGGACCCUUUGGAUUGUAGCUCGUCGGGCUUCUCUUUCCAUGGGAUUCUUCAGGCAAGAAUACUGGAGUGGGUUGCCAUUUUCUCCUGCAAGGGAUCUCCCCGACCCUGGGGAUCGAACCCAGGUCUCCUGCAUCGCAGGUGGAUUCUUUUACCAAUAAACCACUGGGGAAGCCCCAGCAC